AAACCGGGAGCUGAAGGAGCAUGUGUUUUCUCCUCCACAGGUGACCGGUUAACUUGCUUCAUAAACAAAUUUUGUUUCACACGUGAAAAACUUGAAAUCAUAUUUUCCGAUAAUUUUUGAUAACUCGGUUUUAAAUUAGCAACGGAUUAAGUAAUUCAACAGAAGUCAGGAAACCCGGCCGGGUGGAGAACUAGGCAAAUUUAAUACAGAUAACAUUUCAAGAAGAAAUUUCGGAAGAUGGAAAACGAAAUUACUGACCUAAUUCAAAGUACGUCCCAAGAAAACUUAUCCGAAAAAGAUGAGGAGGAAGGUCCAAAUUUAUUGCUGAUAAACGUACGAAGCCUUGCUGACCAGAGUUCGUCAGGAGAAAAUGAUCAGAUAACUCCACCACCGAAUAAGAAGUCUAGUACAAGUUUGGCUAAAGAUGAUUCAGAAAAAACGAGGGAUAAACCAGCACCUCUAUGGAGUUGGAAAGAAGUAACUGUGAUAAACAACUCACCUGUAAUCUUACCAACGCUAGUGCUAUUACCCCAACCAACUGUCAUCCUAGCCCCACCACAAUUAACUAUUAUCAACCACGCCCAAGCCUCAGAUGGUCCUCCGAAAACUACAAGCAAUAACCCCCUAAAUCAUUGCAUCAUUUGCAAUAAGGAACUUAACUCAGGGAAAUAUCUCGGUUUGGCAGCUUAUCCUUCAAGUCAACAUCAACUCAACGGAGUAGACCUCAAUGCGGGCGACUUCUUAAAAUGGGUCGUUUACGAUGAGAAGUUACUAAAACGAAACUUUCAUCCACUUCCCCCACCAGGACGUAUGGAAUCGAGAAAGAUGUGCUCGCCUUGCUCCACCAUUCUAAAAAAUAUGUACGAGUCAAUCACAAAACUUAGAAAUCAAUUCAAUCCAGAAGGCUACUUGGGAAAACUGUUAAUUAAAGAAAACGAAGAAGGUAUCCCACAAAUUCCUAAGACUCUCACCGUAUCCACCCAGACAUAUGAACCACUUGCACCUCUUAAAACUAAACCAAUUGGUGCUCAUAUUAAGGAAUCUGUCAAAAAUAGCAAGCUACACGCCACAUUCACAAAUUCUGUUCACAAAAUGUUACACCAGCAAAUCACCAAUCUAACCAAGGAGAAUGGACUACUAAAUUAUAAAACGGGCGGAACUGACGAGCUGAGGCUCGAAGAAGUAAACAAGGAUCUCGAGAUUUUCGUAAAGACAAAGUGUCCACUUUUGUGGAAGGUAAUGCUCGCCCUAUUCCAGAAAAGUUCCAAGAGGACGGAUGCCAAGUUGACUUUGGGAAUGCAGAUCGCAUUAGGUAUCGCGGGGCGGGUGCAUAACCAAAAUUGUUCCGGGUUGCAGAAGGCUAUGGCGAUUUUUCUGUGGAUCAACGGGGGGUCAAAAAAUGUGAUUAACACUCUGCAUAGAGUUGGACUCUCAUUAUCGUACUCUGGGAGCCUGAAUUUGUCGGAGGUCGACGUAAUAAGGGGGAAGUGUUCCAAAAUGGAGAAUAAUAAUGUUCAAUUGAAGUCGACUACAAAACAAACUGAGGACGAUGCCAAUGAUCAGAGUGACACAGGUCAGGUCACGGCUGCAUUGUCGUGUUCCAACAAAAGCAUAAAUAUUUUAUGAAUCUAACAAGACUGAUUUCUUGAAAAUAAAGAUUUUACCAACAA